CAAAAAGAACGGCGAACAAGAAACUUGUUGGAUACUAAAAGUUAAUACAAAGGAUUUACAAAACAUGAAAUAAUUGCAGAUAUAAAAGUCAAAGGACGUAAAAGGGCGAACGCGCUAAAAGUGUUCGAAUUUGUGUAUAAAAGAUAGCGACGAGCCUCUUUGCGAAAGUAAAAGUAUAAAAAAGUGACUUCUUGGAACAAAAUUUUAGAAAAGUGUGCGAAGUUAAAGUAUAUGAACGCUUACCAACUGUCACUAACAACCUAACUAAGGACUAACAGUUAUAUUAGAAAUUUUGAAGCGUUAAUUUUAAGCUUUGAAAUUGAACUACUUUCAUAAUAGUUUGGAAAAAAAAGUUGAAAUGGUUUUUGAAAAGUUGCUGAAAUGUUUGCUGUUAAUAACCGCCGUGCUGCUACUACCCGCCCAUGCUUUCUGGUGGGCGUCACCGACUGCGGCCCCCACAACACGUUCUGAUUGUUCCAGCGAAUCGCCGCGAGUGCUUAAAGAGAUACCGCUCACUUACUUCCGCAGUUACACCUACCAGCCGAUCGCCGGCAAUCCUUUCGCAGCCUUCCCCUACUAUCACCACGCGGCGAGUCCACUGCCGUCACCGUUGCUUGCGGGUCCUGCGCGUUACGAGCAUGGCACCUACCUGCAUGGCAGCGCAUAUCCAGUGAGCGUCGCAGUUUCGCAUCCGCAGCAGCAGCAGCAACAGUCAAUGCUGCCGCAAAUGUAUCAGCUGCCACAGGCGCCUGUGUUGCACGCGAAGCCGCUGCCGAGUCCAACAACUACCACCAGUACCACCAGCACUGAGCCACCUACGACCACCAGCACCACCACUACUACAACAACGACGACCACAACACCGCCACCACCUUCAACGACGACCGUGGGCAGCAGCACAAGCACAAUCCAGUCCGUUUCGCACCCGAGUGAAUCGCAGCAACAGCCGCAACCUCAAUCUCAACCACACCCAUACCCAUAUCCCACCUACAAUCGGCGUGCCUAUAUGGGUUACAAUCCGCACUCCUACCGGCCGUCCUAUCCCUAUCCGGACUACACUGUUUAUAAGACCGCGCCAGCGACGCGCUACAAUAGUCAGGGGGGACAAAUCCAAUUUGUGCCCUGCAUGUGUCCGGUUAGUGUGGGCGCAUCGGGUUCGGUGCAGCACGCCACGUUGUCGGCGGAGGGACGCACCACCAGCGACGAGGAAGAUGAUUUAAUGCUGUUGGCGCGCGCUGAUGAACUGAAUUUGCCUGUGGAGAUGAGUGUGAUCACUGAGAGAGCGGCGCAGGAAACGACUGAAGCGGUUAAGCCCCAAAGCGACACUGAAGUAACAGCGAAGGCUGAAGCGGAGACUGAAAUAACGGAGAAUUUGGGGCCAAAAGCGUCGGAGGCUGUAGCUGAGCAAUUGAGUACGAAUAAGGUGGACGAGCAGUCACGUGAUGUUGUGGAACUGAGGAGCACUAAGCAGCAAAAUGGCGCGUAAAAAUAAAAGUUAUAAAAAAUAAGUAAAAUAUGUUGCAAAAAGCGUGCUUUUUAUUUUAAUUA